AUGACAGCCUCCGUGCUCCUCCACCCCCGCUGGAUCGAGCCCACCGUCAUGUUUCUCUACGACAACGGCGGCGGCCUGGUGGCCGACGAGCUCAACAAGAACAUGGAAGGGGCGGCGGCGGCGGCGGCAGCGGCGGCGGCGGCCGCGGCGGCCGGGGCCGGGGGCGGGGCGUCCUCGGGAGGGCCCGGCCCGGCGGGCCCGGCGGGCGCCGAGGCCGCCAAGCAGUGCAGUCCCUGCUCGGCGGCGGCGCAGAGCUCGUCGGGGCCCGCGGCGCUGCCCUACGGCUAUUUCGGCAGCGGCUACUACCCGUGCGCCCGCAUGGGCCCGCACCCCAACGCUAUCAAGUCGUGCGCGCAGCCUGCCUCGGCUGCCGCCGCCGCCUUCGCGGACAAGUACAUGGAUACCGCCGGCCCCGCGGCCGAGGAGUUCAGCUCCCGCGCUAAGGAGUUCGCCUUCUACCACCAGGGCUACGCGCCCGGGCCUUACCACCACCAUCAGCCCGUGCCUGGCUACCUGGAUAUGCCGGUGGUGCCCGGCCUCGGGGGCCCCGGCGAGUCGCGCCACGAGCCCCUGGGUCUUCCCAUGGAAAGCUACCAGCCCUGGGCGCUGCCCAACGGCUGGAACGGCCAAAUGUACUGCCCCAAAGAGCAGGCGCAGCCUCCCCACCUCUGGAAGUCCACUCUGCCCGACGUGGUCUCUCAUCCCUCAGACGCCAGCUCCUACAGGCGAGGAAGAAAGAAGCGCGUCCCUUACACCAAGGUGCAAUUAAAAGAACUCGAACGGGAAUACGCUACAAACAAAUUCAUUACCAAGGACAAACGGAGGCGGAUAUCAGCAACGACGAACCUCUCCGAGAGGCAGGUUACAAUCUGGUUCCAGAACAGGAGGGUCAAAGAGAAAAAAGUCAUCAACAAACUGAAGACCACUAGUUAA